CUUUAUUAGCGAAGAAAAACAACUUUGACACCCAAUAAAAUGCUCGGGGCAUCAUAUUUCGCUAAAUAAGAAGUCAGUUUUCACUUUUGUAUAUCUAAUUAUCAAAAAUAUUGCCUUCUUUUAAAGCAAAAGCCACACAGACUUGAAAACAUUUCAUGUUUUUAUUUUGUUAUAAUUGACAUGGCAGCGUUGCCGGCGGAAGGUCUUUCCGGUUCACCAUGGCGGACAAGUCAAAGAACCCCAUGCGGGAUCUUCGGAUCCUUAAGCUAUGCCUGAACAUCUGUGUUGGUGAAUCGGGUGACAAGCUGACCCGCGCUGCCAAGGUGCUGGAGCAGCUGACCGGCCAGUCGCCGGUGUUCUCCAAGGCGCGCUACACCGUGCGCAGCUUCGGCAUCCGCCGUAACGAGAAGAUCGCCGUCCACUGCACCGUGCGCGGACCCAAGGCCGAGGAGAUCCUCGAGCAGGGCCUCAAGGUGUGCGAGUACGAGCUGCGCAAGGGCAACUUCUCCGACACUGGCAACUUCGGCUUCGGCAUCAAGGAGCACAUCGACCUGGGCAUCAAGUACGACCCCAGCAUCGGUAUCUACGGCCUCGACUUCUACGUCGUGCUCGGUCGGCCUGGGUUCAACAUCUCGACCCGCCGGCGUCGGAAGAGCCGCGUCGGCAUUCAGCACCGGGUGACCAAGGAGGACUCCAUGAAGUGGUUCCAGCAGAAAUACGAUGGAAUCAUCCUCCCCACCAAGAAGUGAUCACCCGAUGUAGUGCGAUGACCAUCAACAAAAAAAAAAUACA